CUGUAGGUUCUUGAACAUAAGGAAGACUAUGGAAUAGACCAACUCAGUAACAAAAAUAGGGGACAUUUAUCAUCAAUCUUCUUACGAACUCUCCUUUGCAGUAUACAUAAACACACUAAAAGGAAAAGGAAAAUAUAAUCUAAUUCAGAUAUUAUCGAUUGCUUAAACGGGGGAACUGAACGACAUAGGGUUCGGGAAAGCUUCCGAAUCUUUGGUAUCGCCCGCCUCUUCCUGCCAACGUUCAAGUGUAGGAUGUAGCAAGACGUGGCUAGCACAUUGCUAGCGAAGGUACUAGGCUUUAAAACAUUUGUAAACCUGAUAAGGACCUGUUUUGCUUCAUGCCUAAGAGGUUGUGGGUAGUGUACCAUGGGGUACGAUGUUACGAGGUUCCAGGGUGAGGUGGAUGAAGACCUCCUCUGUCCUAUUUGCAGUGGAGUGUUGGAAGAACCGGUGCAGGCUCCACACUGUGAACAUGCCUUCUGUAAUGCCUGCAUAACGCAGUGGUUUGCCCAGCAGCAGAUCUGUCCUGUUGAUAGGACAGUGGUGACACUAGCUCAUCUCCGGCCGGUGCCCCGGAUCAUGCGCAACAUGCUGUCCAAACUUCAGAUCAACUGUGACAAUGCAAGUUAUGGCUGCACAGCUACACUGAGGUUGGACCAGCUACAGUCUCAUCUCAAGGACUGCGAGCACAACCCCAAAAGGCCUGUCAACUGUGAGGAAGGAUGUGGCCUUGAAAUGCCAAAAGAUGAGCUUCCCAGCCACAACUGCAUCAAACACUUGCGGAGCGUUGUCCAACAGCAACAAACUAAGAUUUCCGAGCUGGAGAAGACUGUGGCAGAACAUAAACACCAGCUCGGGGAACAAAAACGUGACAUUCAGCUGCUUAAAGCCUACAUGAGAGCCAUCUGCAGUGCUAACCCCAACUUGCAAAACCUCGAGGAGAGCAUCGAGUACAACGAGAUCCUGGAGUGGGUGAACUCCAUGCAGCCUGCCAGGGUGACUCGCUGGGGCGGCAUGAUCUCCACGCCGGACGCUGUGCUCCAAGCUGUCAUCAAGCGCUCGCUCAUCGACAGCGGCUGCCCCCUCUCGAUUGUGAACGACUUGAUCGAGAAUGCCCACGAGCGAAACUGGCCGCAGGGACUGGCCACUCUUGAAACGCGGCAGAUGAACAGGCGCUACUACGAGAACUAUGUUGCCAAGCGUAUUCCUGGCAAGCAGGCGGUGGUGGUGAUGGCCUGUGAAAAUCAGCAUAUGGGGGAGGAUAAAAUCCUGGAGCCCGGCCUGGUUAUGAUCUUUGCCCACGGAGUGGAGGAAAUCUUAUAACUGCAUCUGAGUUGAGCUCUUCCAGACAAGUGGCGAGGCUUUGCUCUUUUCACUGUAGCGUGGAAAAGGUCUUUUCUGUUUUGUUUUCUUCUUUGAAGUGAAACCUGGAAUAAAUUUGGCUUCUUUAAAGUAAACUCUUAGGCUCACUCCUAAGUUUGAUAUCUAUGCCUUAAAAUAAGGACAAAUACUUUAUGAUCCUGGCAAAUAUAAACAGAAUCUGACAUGGAUGUAUAAGGAUAAAGUGAGAUGUUUACAAUGUUUAUAUUUAGUGCAUUACAUGAAGAUUGUUCUGCUCGUGAAGGGAUUUUUUUUUCCUUACUUGUGAUGUGUGGAGUACCUAUGAGCAUUUAGUGUUUACCUUUGAGUAAAAAUAGAACCACAUUUAUUCACAGCUCAACACUUUGCAGAAAUUUUCUUUUUAGAUUUGAGUCGUUUCUGAUGCUGAGAACGUAUUUUGUUUGGUUUUUCUAAUGAUUGACACACAGGUUAGACCGUAUCUGCUCAGAAGUACUUCACAGCUGCUUUUCCAGGGAGUUUGAAAAAGAAAAAAAAAUCCCUUUAUUUUGAAAUGGUAAAGCUUGAACCCCAUUUAAUGCCCUAUCUUGUAUAAAUCGCUUGUAAAUACAAAUACUAUAUUGAAUUCUAAAUGUUCCACUCAUCACUGUAAUUAGAUUGUAAUUUUUAUGUCAGCUGCGUUUGGUGAGCCGAUGUUACCGUCUGCAGGCAACUUUCUGUGUGCUUACUUUCCAACUCCUGUGAUUUUUUUUUUUAAUCUUUUUUCACAAGACGUGCUUUUUAGUUUAGAUUGUUCAGACCUUUUGUGCCAUUUCUUUUAUUUAUUGCGUUGCCUUUUUUUUUGCAAAGAUGUUUGAAGGUGUUAUUUGUUGUAAAGAAAAAGCGCCUUUUAGGGUGAACCUGAAGAUGAACGGAUUUGUGUUUCCCCUUUGAUGCCUCAGUUGUACAUAUCUGUAUUUUGGAUCCAGUUGAAGUGUUACGUCCUAAUAUAUAAAAUCUCAUUAGGUAUCAGUUAAAUUUAAGUAAAUAAUUCACUCUUAUGCUAAGUAUUUUCAAUAAUUAAAAUAUAGGUAUAAGUAUUGUCAUUUACGGUGAGCAUAUUUUUAGUCACAUGUAUGAAAUCAUGGCUUAAAGAUUGUAGACAUAUUGUUAAAAUCACUCAUUUGAGAAGAAAGAUGCUUUCAUUAGUCAUUUAUUGCUGUAGUAUUACAAAACUGCAACUAAUGGCAUAUAAACCUACAAUAUAAAAAUAUUCCCUUUGUUGUUUUCCAUGUCAGUGUUUUGUUUUUUUGUCUGUUAUAUACUGUUUUACAGGCUAAAUGUAAUAAAAUUUCAAACAUUU